AUGUUGUCAAGAAUUGUAUCAAACAAUGCAACACGCUCCGUAAUGUGCCACCAAGCGCAAGUGGGUAUUCUUUAUAAGACUAACCCAGUGAGAACUUAUGCUACUUUGAAAGAAGUGGAAAUGCGUUUGAAAUCUAUCAAAAAUAUUGAGAAGAUCACAAAAACUAUGAAGAUUGUUGCAUCUACAAGAUUGAGUAAAGCUGAAAAGGCUAAAAUUUCCGCAAAGAAGAUGGAUGAAGCAGAGCAGUUGUUUUACAAGAACGCCGAAACCAAAAAUUUGGAUGUUGAGGCUACUGAAACAGGUGCUCCUAAAGAGUUGAUUGUUGCUAUCACCUCUGAUAAGGGGUUGUGUGGUUCUAUCCACUCUCAAUUGGCUAAAGCUGUGAGAAGACAUUUGAAUGAUCAACCAAACGCCGAUAUAGUCACUAUUGGUGAUAAAAUUAAAAUGCAGCUAUUGAGAACCCAUCCUAACAACAUUAAAUUGUCUAUUAAUGGAAUUGGUAAAGAUGCCCCAACUUUCCAAGAAUCUGCUUUGAUUGCCGAUAAGUUAUUGAGUGUCAUGAAGGCCGGCACUUACCCAAAGAUUUCCAUUUUCUACAAUGACCCAGUGUCUUCCCUAUCUUUUGAACCAUCUGAAAAACCGAUCUUUAACGCCAAGACCAUUGAACAAUCCCCAUCAUUCGGCAAAUUUGAGAUCGACACGGACGCAAACGUUCCAAGAGAUUUGUUUGAAUAUACUUUGGCUAACCAAAUGUUGACAGCAAUGGCUCAAGGUUAUGCUGCUGAAAUUUCCGCCAGAAGAAACGCUAUGGAUAACGCUUCCAAGAAUGCCGGUGAUAUGAUCAAUCGUUACUCUAUCUUGUACAACAGAACAAGACAAGCUGUCAUUACUAAUGAACUGGUUGAUAUUAUUACUGGUGCUUCCUCUUUGGGAUGA